AUGCUGCCCCAACGGAUCCUGGCUCGGCGUCUGCCCCAAGUGGCUGCCCGCCACGCCAUUGCCCCUCGCGCACCUUUCUCCCAGGUCGCAGCCCGUCGAGCUGCGGAAAUUGAGGAUCCUCUUCAGAACAACAACUACCGAAACCCUCCUCGCGAGAAGCGUUCGUUCAGAGACCCCUACGGUGGCUGGUGGGAUAAACAAGAGAGGCGAAACUUUGGCGAGCCCGUUCACGAGGAGAACGAGAUCCUCGGUGUUUUCAGUCCUGAGCAAUACACCCACGUCUCUGCCGGCAAGGGUGCCCUCCACUUCGGAUGCUUCGUUGCGGCUUUCCUGGGCUUGUGCGGCGUUGUCAGCCUUUUCUACCCUGACAAGCCUAGCGUUCCUAAGACUUACCCUGGUGGUUUGGAGAAGGAGCUGGGUGGACCCAAUGCCGUACCGGCUCGCAAGGCUGGCGAGGACAAGUGGUGA